ACCCGGUUCCACGCGGUGCUUUAGUGGCUAAAAGUGAAAGAGCUGCCUUGGCAGAAUUCAGCUCUAUGAAUCACUUCGGAAAAUUGGUUCGACUGAAUGGCCUUAGGAGGAAAAACGUUUUAAUAGGAUCCAGGGGAGGUUCUGCUGUUUCAAUCUGCGCCUUAAACAGGUGGAGAUUGGACCUUCUCAAUUAUACAAACAUGACUUCAUGUGAUGUCAGCUGAAUGUAAAAGACAGUGAUCUCACGCGGAGGGGAAGAUGUUUGCCAUCAAAAUGUGACAGAGGAGACACGCUGCAUGGCUCGGAACGCAUCUCCUUGGCGGUGGGGGAAAGAGACUUAGAGGAGAGAGGCUGCCCCCUGGCCCAGUCCGGCACGGCUCGGCUACGCGCACCAUGGCAAGCUCGGCUUCCUUGGAGACCAUGGUGCCCCCGGCCUGCCCACGCUCUGGAGCGUCGCCGGCCACUUCCAAGACGCUGGCCUUCUCUAUCGAGCGCAUCAUGGCUAAGACGUCGGAACCCCGUGCGCCCUUUGAGCCCCGGCCGGGGGCGCUGGAAGCAGACGGUGGCCAGGGCAAGAAAUUGCUCAACCUCUGCUCGCCGCUGCCCUGUAUGAUCCCCCUCCAGCCCCUAGGCUACGAGGUGCCGUCCAAGACGCUGCUCAGUUACUCCGAGCUCUGGAAAAGCAGCCUCCGGGCGGGCAGCGGCGGUGGCGGUGGUGGUGGAGGAGGAGGAGGCGGUGGCGGCGGGGGGGGCCCAGUGUGCGGCGCCAGCGGCUUGUGCAAAACCAACUGUGGCGUGUGCUGCAAGGCCGAGCUGGGCCUGGCGCCGUCUGCGCUGCCCGCGGGCAGGGUCAUCAAGCCGCAGGUCAUCAACCAGGCAGUGGGGCUUCCGGCCAGUGGCUCGCUCUACUACUUCAACUACCUGGACUCUGCUGCGUACCAGCCAUCUGAGCUCCUCUUCCCGUCUGGCCUCCUCAAUGCACAGGCCCCCGCCGCCCUGGCUGCCCACCCCAAGCUCUUUUUGCUGGAGAACGCCAAGUUAGCCGGCCUGGCCGCGGACAAGUUCCCCCAUCCGGCCCCCUAUGCCCAUAAGGAGCGCUUGCCCGCGCCGCUAGAGCAGGUGCUGAAGGAGAACUCAGCCCUGACCGCUGAGCGCAGUGGCGUCAAGGGCCACAGCAAGCUGCCCGGGGGCUCUGCGGACGGCAAGCCCAAAAACUUCACCUGCGAGGUGUGCGGCAAGGUAUUUAACGCUCACUAUAACCUCACCCGCCACAUGCCGGUCCACACCGGAGCCAGACCGUUCGUGUGCAAAGUCUGCGGCAAAGGCUUUCGCCAGGCCAGCACGCUCUGCAGACACAAAAUUAUCCACACCCAGGAAAAGCCGCAUAAAUGCAACCAGUGCGGUAAAGCCUUCAACCGCAGCUCCACGCUCAACACGCACAUCCGCAUCCACGCGGGCUACAAGCCCUUCGUCUGCGAAUUUUGUGGCAAAGGCUUUCACCAAAAAGGGAACUACAAGAACCAUAAACUGACUCACAGCGGCGAGAAGCAGUACAAAUGCACCAUCUGCAACAAGGCCUUCCACCAGGUCUACAACCUGACCUUCCACAUGCACACCCACAACGACAAGAAGCCUUUCACGUGCGCCACUUGCGGCAAAGGGUUUUGCAGAAACUUUGACUUAAAGAAACACGUGCGCAAACUCCACGACAGCGUGGGCCCCGCUGCCCCCUCCACAAAGGACCUGACUCGGACAGUGCAGAGCUGAGAGCUACUGCCUCGCCCUCCCUUCCAGCCCCAUCCAACCCCCAAACAGAUCACACGUAUAAACUUAUUUCUAAAAUUAAAAGAAAGGAAAAAAAAAAGCUAUAGCAGAGAGGCUAAAAUCUAUUUAUCGAAACCAGCAUAUUUUUGGAAAGCUAAACGUUUCCUCGAUGACUGGCACCAAUCGCCCGGCUCCCACCUUUGUAUAUUUGGGAAACUUAUUUAAACCCAGUGCGCAGAAACGUAUUUAAUUCCAGGCCUGCCUUGGCUUCUCCUCAGGCUUCGGGUUUUAACCCCAGCCUAUCACGUGAACGUCCCGGAAGAGCGCGGCGCCCCCAGCCAUCUUUAUACAGCCAUGUAAAUCCUCCUGUACAAGCGAACACGGAAUAUAUACAUAUAUAACUCAAUAAACAGAA